AUGAAGAAGGGAAGUGGCGAGAAAAAAUGUGUGUCUUGUGGUUCUUCGAGCUUCAACCUUCUAGAUGGCCUUCUCUACUGUGAUGUUUGCGGCGCUCAUUUUGAGGUUUUUGGCUUCUUCUUUUUUUCAAGUCUUCAUUAACUUUUUCAGCAAUUCCAAGAGUUAGAGCAUGAUGAGAACGCUCAGAUUAUUGGAAGAACCAAAAUACGUGUGAAAAAAAAUAAAGACGAUGUAAAUCGGACAAAAAAGAAAAGGGUAGAGAAGCGAAAGGUUGUUGAAUAUUUGAAAAAAGAUAUUUUAAAGAGUAUUUUCUAGGUUGAUCAGUUCCCGAAUAAUUUCAGCACUGGCCCUUCAUGUUCCUAUGUUCCCAAGUAGGGUUUUUCAAACCUGAAACAAUUUCUUCGAUAUAAUUGGAAGCGAAGAUACAUUUUUUUUUUCAGUUUGGUUGAAGAGCCGCCCUGGGCGAAAACUCCAGAAUAUUUCUAUCGAAUGGGCGUCAGAAUAGCCACUUUUUCUUCGAUUUUGAUGCGAUGUUCUUUGAUAAUGCGUAGAUCUAUGCGACUUCCGGAAGGUUAUACGGUAAGUUCCAUGAGGAGGAGUGAGAAGGAGAGAGCGAAUAUUUCUUUUUCAGAAAAGUUGCUACAGCGUGUUCCAACGGUAUUUGAAAUGUAAUGACGUCGCUUUUACCGAAAAAGAAGUCUGUGAAGAUACAGAGGAAAUGUUCGUAGCAAUGGUCGCGAUAGAAGAAGAGUUCGUGUUUUCUCUUUCUCAUUUGGUUCAGUACAUGAUAUUUCAGUAAAGUAGAAAAACGCGUGUCCAAGAAGAAAAAAGCAGAAAUGAAGAAAAAAAGAGGGCUGGAGGCUUUGAGCACGUCCCAAGCUGCUUGGACGUUUCUGACCCAAGGAACUCUCGAUGAAAAUUUAGCCAUGUCCUCGGAUAGCGAAGCCUCCGUUGAUGUUUGCACUUCUAUAAUCAUUUGAUCGUAUUUUUUUGAGGGGAAAGAAGUUACUAACAAUUUUAUUAACUCGUCUUGUAUCCAGACGGUUGAAACCCAAAUUUCAAAGGACUGUGUUACCAAUGUGAGCUUUCGCAUCGCUUCGAAGCAAAUCAACGUUUUCAGGCAUGUCGGGUGCAUCUAGACCCUGAAGUUCUGAUUUCUAUACUUUAUCUAGCGGCUUUGUGUUGUUCUUGUUCUAAUAUUCUCCUUUCAGACCUCGUCAGGUGAGUCCGUUUGGUAUCGAAUUAUUUUUUUGGAGUCGCGCAUGUUUAAGACAGUGUUACUGCGGCCGGUGGCCGGUCAAUAUUGCGCUGUCAGUUUCGGAGCCAGGAAAUUUUUUAAUUUUUUUUUCUUUUUUUGCAAUUUGUUAAGGACCUAUUUCUCGAGGUUACAAGACAAGUUACGCCACAAAAAGUACACAAGUUUUCAUUUUAUUACCCAAAAACCUAGCUUGAUUACCGUAAUACGUUCGGCCGCCUUGAACAUGCGUGGAGUUUUGUUCAAUUUUUAGAUGGUUCCGAGAAGAUCGAUUCAAAAUUUCUCGUAAAGAGUUGUGUCUUCUCAAAAACUUUGGAUAUGAAAAAAAGACACAAAUGGACCCAAGUUCUAUGCAAGAUUUGGUAAGAGGAAAGUUAUAACGAUGCUAUUAUUUCAUUGAAAUAUUUCAAAAAUGAAGAAAAAGGAAAAAAUACGGGUUUUGUUGUUCAGAAUAUACUUGGUUUUUCCUUGAUUGAUGAUCAAAUGAAUGAAAAAGAAAGUUUUUGAGAAAGUAGCUCGAAAAUGCUGAAAAGGGUCAAUUGUUUCUUGAAUAGCAGUAUAUAUUUACCAGUUAUUUUUUUUUCCAUCACGUUUUUUUGAAAAAUUUUUUUGAGUGUGAAGAAAGCUCGACGUGGUGGAAUGGAUUCUCAAGCGUAAAUAUUUUAUAAUAUUUUUUUUGUUUUUAGAAAUCAAGAUGAAUAAAAUAUUGACUUCAGCGCUUCCCCUUGUAUGAGAUUUGCCGCAGCGUUUCUUGCAUGUCUCAAUCUUUGGUUCUAGAUGUGUAUUUCACUUCACCGACAUUUGAGAAGGUUCAGAAACCAUUAGAAAAAAAAGAGUAAAAAUGAUCGAAUUUGAAGAUUGCGGCGCGAAUCGCAUAUAGUUUGAACUUGCCCGAAGAAAUGCUCCAACGAGUUCUGUACUUGCACUCCACUAUGCCUGCGACUCUCGACGUGUCCGCGAACUCUUGGAAACGCCAAGCUACGCUUUCUACUGUAAGUUCAGAACGACAUCAGAAAAUUUGAAGAAGAAAAUUAUUUACUGAAAAGAGGCUAUGUCUAUGCUUUGGCUUUUCUCAAGAGAAACUAAUCGUUUAUUGAAUUUCUUUUGGUGUCUCUUUUUAUGGCUUUCUGAAGUCAUUUAGAGGGUCGUUUGGUUUGAACAGAUUUCUCAAACAAAGUUCAAAUUUAGUAUCAAAAGGUGCUUCCAACUAUUCAGACUUGCAUUACGACGAUUUUUUAACAGAAAAUGAACCCUUUUCUUGCUAGUCGAAAGGGUUUUUCGAAAUGUUUUGGGAGGAUUUCCGGCGCUCGAAAUUCUUCUCGCAUUUCUGUGGAGUAGAGUUUUUUUUAUUAUUAAAAGGAAAGAGAAAAUUCAGUGUGACCAUUUCUCCUGAAACAAAAGUGAUUUCUUACUUCAUUAUGGCUAUCAAAUUGUUUUGCGGAUUGGAAGAGAACAAUGAUUCUGGUAAGAGAAAUUUCAAUGAAUCUUCGAAUUAUUCAAAUAGGAAAGGAAGUUUUCGACUUUUGCGAUUGGCUGAUGCAGCUGAAGAUGCGGAUCGGAAGCAGUUGUGGAAAAGACUUCAGAGAAAUAUUCAAGAAAAAGUAAAAGUCUUUUUUGUCUAUUUUCGAGUACGAUUCACCGCUGGUCGAUCGGCGUUAGCUAAUCAGUGGUUUUUCAUUAUAUUAACUGGAUAAUAGCUAUAACUAUCCCGUAUCCUGCUCCGGAAUACCCGGUGCAACCGCAAAUGUCAGGUAGAAAAGGGAUAGUAUCUAGAUACCUCUCCGGUAGUAUCCAAGUACCUCCUCCAUGAUAUCUACAUGGUACCCGCUAGCUAAUAAGCGACCACCGAUUAGUUCACGCUGAUUGAUUUUUGAUUUUCAGUGCCGUCAAUCAUGAAUUGGUUGCUCCGAAGCCAUUUGACGACCAUAUCAGCUUGCGGUUUUUUCCUCUCCCAUUAAGCUCAAGUAAAAAAUUUUCAAGGAAACAAAAGGGAGGUUUCGGACUAGACGAACGGUCUCGAAAAUGCGAUUUCAAAAGAGCGAUUCCUCAAUUAUUCACUCCAAAUUCGGUAGGUCUGAUUUUUAAUCUUUUCCCAUCUUUUGCACAGACUUAUAUUCUUCCUACGGUUUUCCUGGACGCGGAAAAGCAAAAUGACGACCUUGACACUGAUUCUUUAUUGGGUAAGGUCUUUCAAAGCCUUCUGCAGUUAUUUUUUGAAGCUCCUCUCCGACAUCAGGCUUCUUUACUGAAAAUCCAACUACGCGAAUCUUCUCGAAAUUUUUCGGAAGUAGAUCUGCCCAUAGCCGAUAUUUUCCUCAAGAAUUUUUCGGUACGCAUUAAAGAAGUUUUUUUAAAUUUCUGUUAAGAGAUUGACCACGUCGGAUGUUGAUGGAACUUUUGAUGAGUAUUUCCCGAUGUCUAAAUUUUACGAGGUACGUUUAGUUGUACGCUGGAGAUACGUAAAUAUUUUUGAAAUAUUUUUUGUAGUUCUAAAGGAUUUUCAAGACUUUUGAUCACAUGUUUUUGAGUUCUUCACGGACAUACUUACAGAAGUAUCCCAGACCAGACUAUGCCAACGGCUGUGUCGCUCGUUUUUCUUACGACAAUGCGAAAAUGGAAAAUUUUAAUAAUCGAAUGGACACAAAAACUGUAGGCUUCUUUCAAAGUCAAAAUAUAAUCAAGCGGAAAGUUUCAGUUGGCGGGGGAGUACAGGAUGUACCUAUCAUUGAGGCUUUCGGAAGAGGUCUACGGCUUGGCUUCUCCGCAUUUCUCGCCAACUUUCAAUAAUCUCCUGCGAAGUUUCGCGGCGAUCAUUGGUAUAUAUAGGAGCAGAAAGAAAAGAAUUUUAAUUCAUUUGCAUUUAGGCGAAGACGAGGUUGUUUUGUACUCAUCGUUUUUGUUGCUGGAACAAGCUCUAUUGGAAAGCGGGAGGUGAAUUCUUAUUCUUUCUCAAAAAAAAAACCUAGCUUUUGCAGGAUAGGGAUGGUUAAGAGAAUGCUUCUGAAAGGUCAACCAAUUCAAAUGGAAGCGAAACUUUUCAAGGUUUUGAUGAAAAUAUUUUUAGUUUCACUUUUUAUUUUAAGGAACGUGGAAAGUCACGAGAAUCCAAGAUUAUCGUCACGACUUCGAAAUCGAUUGAUGACAUCAAAGAGCUGAAUUUGUUCCGUUUUGGUGUUCCACAGUGGAGUAGGUCGAAUAGAAGGCGUUUGCUGAAAUGAAUGUUCAGUCGCCGAGGAGUUUGAAUAUGGCCUGUUGCGUAAAACCAGAAAAGAUUACCCCGAAAGUGAUAAUGACGAGAGCGACGACCUGAUGACUUCAAGCGCGGAGGAGAGCGAAUUCAGUAGUUAAUGGUUCAAUAACUUUUAAUUAAAAAGGGAUUUCAGACUGUAACGAUCCUUCGAGAGAAAAACCAAAGCAAUCUACAGUGAGGGUAAAUUUCAAAUUCUGUAAAACAUAUUCUUCUGGAUAAUUUUCAGCAUGGGUUGGGUUUCAAUACGGUUUGGUCAAUCUUCGCACUCAAGUAUUGGUGA